AUGCAAAAUUUCCGUUAUGCGAAACGAAGCCGGUUUCUUUAUACCGUAGCCGGAAACUGUCGCAAAAUCCGAAGCGGGAAUACAAUGAUGUGGGGACAGAGUUGCCCAAUAGUUUAUGGAAGCAGCCGAAGCCGUUCUUUUCUCUACUCUUCCGCACUCUUUCUCCCUUUUCUCUCUCUUAAAUUUUCUUUGUUGUUUUUUUUUAAUUCUUUCAUUCCCCCCUCUUUUUCGAUUAACUGUCACUCCCACUACGUAAAUGUUAAGACGUAUGCUCCUCCUUCUUCACUUUUCAGUAUAGUCAUCAAUUCCCUUUUAAAUAUCUCUUUUCCUUCUUUUGCUUUCUUUCUUUUCUUUCUCCCGCCACACUCCGUCUAUUUGAUUUACUUUCUCUCAUUUCACACGUGUCGACGUCCUCCUCCCUCUCCCCUCUCCCCUCUCUCUCUCUCUCUUUCACACACACUCUCUCUCUCAAUAUAUUUAUCUCCGUCUCUUUUUCCCUUUCUUUCCGCUAUCCUCCCACCCCACUAUAUUCUAGUUGCCACUAACGCUAUCAGUGUCAGUAGUUCUCUUCUCUUUCCCUCCCUUUACCGUAAACACAUUGACUCUCUCCGACUUCCUUUCUCUUUAUCCCCCCCUCUCUCUCUCUCUCUCUCUCUGUCUUUUUCUCUCUCUCCCCUCUCUAUAUGUCUUUUUUCCCUCUCCCCCUCUCUAUGUCUUUUUCUCUUUCUCUUUCUCUUUCUCUUUCUUUCUCUUUCUCUUUCUUUUGCUCUCUCUCUCUCUCUUUUGCUCUCUCUUUGUUUCGCACAGAGGGAGAAACAAAGAAACUGA